AUGUCACUUAUUCUAAAUAAAAGAGAAAAUAGUCCUAAGGAUAAGUUCAAUAUGUCACUCACUCUAACCAAAGCAGAGAGCGAACAGGAGAUCACGUUAAGUCGAUCGCUUUCUCUCAGUAGAAGAGAAACCGACCAGGAGGACACGUUUGAAGACGCCUAUGAGACCAUCCCUGUGGCAACGACAAUGAAUCUAAUAUCUUCCUUGGAGGAAUGUACUACUGCUUUGUAUUUAUUCCUAAAUAACAGAUUCUCCGAUGCCAUAAAUCUCGUUCACCCAUGGUCUAAAAACAGCAUAUACCAUGCCCUCAUGUAUGGCAUCCUGAUGGUUGUCAAGGCCAUCCUGACAUUUGAGCCGCAGGACAUACAGAUUGGAAUGAGCGCGGCAAAGGAAGCUGUGAAAACCUGUAACAGUUUCCGAAAAAAGCCCAGGAUAAUGGCCUUAUCUCGUCUGGUGAGUAGACAGGGCAUCAAAGCUGUCAAAGAAGAAGAAUUGCACGCAGAAGUCUGCUACGCCGAGUGUUUGAUCUUGAAAUCCACCAUAAUGUUUAUACAGGAUGACGGCAUGCUUAAUUUCCUUAAAAGUGGGAUCAACGUUGGCUCGAGUUACCAAAUAUACAAAGACUGUCAGCAAGUACUAAUGCAUAUACCUAACAGCCAAAGCAAGGCCCACAGACACCUGGUUGGAGGAGUCAAAUUUGGACUUGGAGCGUUUAAUUUGAUGUUAUCACUUGUGCCGCCAAAGACUCUGAAACUGCUCAAUAUUGUCGGAUACACUGGUGAUAGAGAGGUAGGACUGGCCUUGCUCAACGAGAGCGCAUCCGAGACCCAUAUAAAUAACAUCCUGAGUGUUUUAACUCUGUUCUUCUACUACAGUUACGUCUACGUAGCUUUUGGUGUUGAAAAGCUCUCAAUUUCUGCUACGGAGAACCUCUUCUUGGUCUACCUCCAUAAAUUUCCAAACUGUGUGAUGCUUAAAUUUUUUCAUGCUCGUUUUACUAUGCUGAGGGGAAAUUUUGAAAGGGCACAGCUAAAGUUACAGGAAUGCAUUUUUACCCAGAAUGAGUGGAAACAGGUUCACCACCUCUGUUACUGGGAACUCAUGUGGUGUCACAUCUAUAUGCAGGAGUGGAGGCAGGCUUACCACUAUGCCAACUUACUGUCUCAACACAGCAGGUGGUCCAAGGCAUUAUACGUGUACAGUAAAGCUAUAAUACUGGCUUUGCUUCCUUCCGAUUUUGUGAAAUCAGUCAGUGAGGACAGGAAUGUCCUCUUUUUAAAAGUGGAUAGCCUGAGAAUCAAAUUUUUAGGAACUCCUGUGCCAAUAGAAAAGUUUGUUGCUGAGAAAGGUCAGCGGUAUGCUACGACGACAGGCUGGUACACUGCACAGCCCCUUCUGGAAUUCAUUUAUGCCUGGAGUGGUUUCCGAGUCAUGAGCAAAAAAAUAGAACUUAUUUCAAGCUGGCUAUCCAUUAUAGACAAAGGAAAAGACCUAUUACAAGAAAAUCCAAAUGAAGAGUACGGCACAGAUGACUUAAGUUUGUUGAACUUACUGAAAGGACUGUGCCUGAAGCACUUAGGCAAGUAUUUGAAAGCUGAGCACUACUUUCAUCGUGUCAUUCAAAAGGAGAAAAUGUUAAAAUAUGACCAUUAUUUGGUGCCAUAUACUUACUAUGAACUGGGAAUUCUACACUAUCUGAAAGGAGAUUACGCCAAUGCGAUGAAAAACCUGGACAACAUAAAAAACUACAAAGACUACUCCAUGGAGGCGCGGUUACAGUUCAGGGCUCACAUAGCCCUUGAGCAAAUAGCUAAAGAAAAAGUAAUCUAGGCAUCAGGCGUCGCUUCGCUUAUUUUGAGGGAAACAUCUGCAAUCAACGGUUAACAGGUCGAAACAUGAGUUCCUUGUAGACUUCAACAGGUUGAGAGUUUGAUCAUUAAAAAGUAAGAAAAGGAAUUUGCCAUGGCCUUCCCCUCUUUCCUUCUUUAUAGCUAUAAAAUGGAAUGUCUUAGACUGGCAA